AUGUUGGGAUUUGCCACCUCUUUACAGCGUCAGUUUCACAAUGUUGUGGAGCAGUUAAUAAUUCGAAACAUCUUUUCCGGAAAACAGCCUCCACACCCAACAUUGCCUCAUUGCCCGUCUGAAGGGAACUACAUUGCGUAUGAACACAUAUGGUUACCCAUUGGUUCAGAGGAACCCAAAAAAGAUGAAUCUUUUAUUUUGACUACAAGCGUCCGAGGGCAUCUGUUGAAUGUUGCCCGAGCUGUUUUUGCAGAUAGGCCUGUGUUACUUGAGGGACCAACGUCAUCUGGUAAAAGUUCGAUGGUAAAAUAUCUUGCUGAACUUACUGGUCAUAAAUGUGUGAGAAUAAAUAAUCAUGAGAGUACAGAAAUUCAGGAGUAUGUGGGCCACUAUGUUUCAGAUGAGCGUGGAAAACUUCGCUUUGUGGACGGUAUCCUUGUAGAUGCGGUGCGAAAUGGUUACUGGGUUGUCCUUGAUGAGUUAAAUCUUGCACCCACAGAUGUUCUUGAGGCACUGAAUCGCUUGCUAGACGACAAUCGUGAGUUAUUUGUGGCGGACACUCAAGAGACAGUAAAACCACACCCUAAUUUGCGCAUCUUUGCCACGCAAAACCCUGCAGGUAUUUAUGGUGGUCGAAAACUUCUUUCCAGGGCGUUCCGCAAUCGAUUUCUAGAAAUGACCGUUGAUGACAUACCAACCUCGGAGUUAUGUACAAUACUGUGCCAACGAUAUCCUCUUUGUACAAGUUUUGCGGAGAAGAUGGUGGAGAUUAUGGUUUCGCUGCAACUGCGUCGUCAGGCCUCGCAGAUAUUUGCUGGUCGUCAUGGGUUUAUAACACCUCGCGACCUCUUUCGUUGGGCGGAGCGUCGGCCGGGAACCUACCAAGAAAUGGCAGAACAUGGCUUUCUUUUACUGGCUGAACGGUGUCGCAAAGCGGAAGAGCGUCAAAUUGUGAAGGAUAUUAUUGAGUCUGUCACGAAGACGGAGCUUAAUGAGGAGGCCAUUUACUCCCCCCAGCAUUGGCCAUAUGUUGCUGCUUGUUACGGGCUGAUGGAGAACGGAGCGAUAGAUGAGUUUGGUAUUGUAUGGACCGAGUCUAUGCGUCGUCUUUUUACGGUGGUUGGAAUUUGUCUGCAUUACAAGGAACCCGUGCUGUUAGUUGGAGAAACUGGUAGCAGUAAGACAACCGUCUGCCAAAUUUGGGCGGCACUGCUAAAUCGUCCUCUAAGCAUUAUAAACUGUCAUCAACACAGUGAAGCUGCAGACUUUUUGGGAAGUCUUCGUCCUGUACCUCCUAAUCAGCGAAGUAAGGCUCUUUUUGAGUGGCGCAACGGUCCACUUGUGGAGUGCAUGCUGCAGGGAAAUAUCUUUCUCCUAGAUGAGAUUUCACUUGCUGAGGAUAGCGUACUGGAGAGGUUAAAUAGUGUAUUAGAGCCAACACGGGUCGUUACGCUGGCUGAAAAGAGUACCGCCGAUGUUAUUUUUGCACAUGAAAAUUUUAGAGUACUUGCAACUAUGAAUCCAGGUGGAGACUUUGGAAAGAAGGAACUCUCGCCAGCUCUGCGUAACCGAUUUACGGAGAUCUAUGUUCGUCCUACAACCGAUGAAGCAGAGGUUACUCUGAUUCUCUCAAAGCGGUUAAUGCCCUCUCUUGAACCGUGGGCGAAAAGAAUGGCAACCCUUUUGUGUGCUGCUGCCAAUGCCAUAACCUCGACUGGGGCUCCUCAGCACAUUAGCAUCCGAGAUAUUAUCGGCUGGGUCUCCUUCAUGAAUGCGGCGCAUACGCACUGCGAUGACCGGGUUGCAUUUAUGCAUGGACUGGAUGCUGUUAUACUUGAUGGUAUGGGCAUUGGUACAGGGCAAAUGGAGCUUGGGUCCCGUCAAUUGCGGGAAUUUUGUCUGGAAAAGGCCAAGGAACUCAGCGAGAUUGAUUCAGGUUGUCUGCAGACACCUUUUUGGGAAUUAUUUGAUGCCUUGGAGGAGCCAAGGUUGCCGCCGGCUAUGGAGAGACAGUUUUUUUUUGGAGCACCUUCCACGCGACAAAAUUUAUCCAAGCUGAUUCGUGCCAGUAUUGUGCGCAAGGCGAUUCUCCUGGAGGGGAGCCCGGGGGUUGGCAAAACCAGCAUCGUGGAAGCCUUGGGAUGCGCCUUCGGCAAGCGUGUCGUACGCAUCAAUUUGAGUGAGCAAACAGAUAUCAUGGAUCUCUUCGGUACCUAUUUACCUUCUCCUUCGUCAGGUGAAACCGAUGAGCCUACGUUUGCGUGGUCCGACGGCGUGCUCUUGCAGGCCCUCAAAGCCGGUUGGUGGGUAAUCCUAGAUGAAUUGAACCUUGCUAGUCAGGCCGUACUGGAAGGUCUCAAUGCCUUACUGGAUCACCGCUCCGCGGUGUUCAUCCCAGAGUUGGGUGAGGAGUUUCAUUCGGCCGAUGACUUUCGUAUCUUUGCGUGUCAAAAUCCAUUGUUGGAGGGAGGUGGCCGUAAAGGGCUGCCUCGUAGCUUUUUGAAUCGAUUCACCAAAGUGCGCAUUGAGCCCUUUGACGUGGAGGAUUUGUUGUGCAUUGCCUUUGCUGUGUGCCCUGGCAUCGACAGGGGCGUUUUGGAGCAUAUGGUGCACUUUGUGGGGGAACUUCAGCGUGACGUGAUGGUGUACCGUGCAUACGGGAUGCGUGGGAGCCCGUGGGAGUUCAACCUGCGUGACGUGCUUCGAUGGGCAAAGCUUAUGGAAGCCUAUCAGAAGUUGGAUAAGCCUUGCGAGUUCAUCCAAGUCCUAUUUAUUCAGCGCAUGCGCACGGACGUGGACAGAGCCAAGGUUCAUCACUUGGCAAGACGCCACUUUGGCGACGCCGUUGAGGAAGCACAGGCGAGUCUAGAAUCUGAUUUUCUCAUAGCCAACGACGCGGUUUACUUUGGGAGCUCUUUUCUGGCGCACCGAAUGCGGGAGCCUGUGACACCGGACACGGCUGUCCCGCUACUGCUACUUCCCUCCAAGGCUGAAGUCAUCCGUUCCGUCUUGACGUGUGCAGAGCAAAACCAAUUCUGCCUGUUGGUGGGCCCGAGUGGAGCUGGGAAGACGUUUUGUAUUCGAACCGCGGCUGCACUUGUGGGGGCGCGGUUGGUGACGUUCUCAAUGAAUGCCACCUGCGACACGGUGGAUUUGCUUGGCGGCUUUGAUCAGGUGGAGGGCAAACAAGGUCAGUUUGAGUGGCGGGACUCCUUAAUUCUGGAGGCCAUGCUGUAUGGUCAUUGGCUUGUCCUGGACAACGUGAACUACUGCAACGCCAGUGUGCUGGAUCGCCUCAAUCCACUUGUGGAGCCAAACGGGAUGCUCUCGGUGAACGAGCAGGGGCUUGUGGAGGGGCAGGUGCGGACGGUGCAGCCGCAUCCAAACUUUCGUCUCUUUGCCACACUGGAUCCAAAGUAUGGUGAGAUUUCACGCGCCAUGCGAAAUCGUGCAGUAGAGGUGUACAUUGAUCCUAUUUGUAUUCCUUCCUCUGAAAGCAUUGCGAUUGCGGGGGCUGUGUCUCCCUGUAAAAUGGUUCAGGUGCUUGACAGGCUGGGCAACUACCACCGUGAGUUUGUUAUUGGCGGCUUUCAUGCCGAUUCCGCACUGCCAAUUUCUGCCCAACUCUCAGAUGCUUUGGCGGCGGGAGCACCAAACACGUUUACACUUAUUAAAACGGCUGCCAUGUUGCCCAUGACUGCCACUUUGAACGACGUGAAGGCCGCGCUUCUUCACAAGUACAUUCGGAAUCGUUGCGGCCACUGGUUAGUCAACAGGACGAUUGUGCUGGAGGCACUCGAUCGCAUGAUGUCUGAGGAUUUGGAGCACUGUGUGAAGUGCUCCCCGCUUGUCAUGGAUCUGCUAUCCGCCAUGCGUCUAUGCGAGGGCGAAGAGGAGGCAGACAUGGUGUCAGCGUUGGUACGCAUUCGUGUGCACCGAAGUGGGUUAGGGCUAAAGACGUUUGUGUCCCUAUCAGGCACCGCGCUGGUUCAACACUCCCUCCGGGACUUGCUGCUGUUUUUUCUGCUGGAGCAGCCUGCGGAUACCGUUGCCAGCGACGUGUUGUCCUCCGCCCGGUCUCGGUUCCUCUCGUCUAACUUGUCGCCGCUCCUGGCGGAGGAUGAGAUGCGUGACGCCUUGCUGCUACUCUCCCCGCAGUACGGCCACACCUCCUCAGCGAGCCUUGAUUCUCUUUGGUGUCUUGCCCUGCAGAGAUUAGGGCCAUGCGCCGCGUGGUGCAAGGGCGUGAGUGGCCUGCAUGUUCUUGUCUCAGACUCCCCUGUGCUUAACAGCGCCUUUCAAGAGGUUCUCCGCCUGACGCUGGAGGCCACCUCUGGCAUCUUGGUCCCGCGUCUGCAACAGCGUAUAUGCCGCUACCUUUUUCCCCUGCUGCAACAUCUCUCAGCAUCCAAUCCGCCCUUUCAGGUGACGGCAGACAACUUUGUCUCACUGGUGACACACGUGGCGUUGCUUCGUUCCGUUGCAAAGAAGCAAACGGUGUUUGAGGCCGGGGCUUUGCUAGAGGCGAUCGACCAAUUUUUGGCUUCCCUCCGGCGCUACCUUGACUUACCGUAUCCACUUCUCACGAGUAAGUCCGCUGUGCACAGGAGUAUUGUUCGUCCGCACAUUACGAGCAUCGAUGAGCGUUCUGCCUUUGCCGCGUGGAAUGCCGCCGCAAAGGCGGUCAACCUGUCACAAACUGAGAGCUUACUGAAGUCCCUUUGGCAUACCGCCAUCUUCCGUGCGGAAUUCGCGUUGGUGCAGCGCUUUCAACAAAUGCGCUGGGCUCCUUCCACCUCGUCUGCGAAGCUCCUGCAGAGGGACGUUCGUCAGUUCAUUGACUUGUAUUGCACAAAGUUGCACGCGCUGUCCGAGUUGGAGGUCACGCUGUGGCGGGAGGUCCUCAACCUUCGGCUGCAGGAUGGCGGUGAUGCAGAGGCGUGGGUCGCGUUGGUGCCCUUGCUGACCUCCCACUUCAUUGCACGUCACGGGCUUGCGAGCGGGUGUCACAGUCUGCACGGGGCCUGGACAAAAGCGGCGUAUGCCGCGUUGAAGCACGCCGCUGGGGUCUCUGUGAUCUCGAUGGGGGCGCAGCUGAAUGACCACACGGCGGUCGUGACAGAACUACUGAGGUUUUGCAACGCCUUGCCGGUGCUGGGUGCAAACCCAUUUGAGCAGUGGGAGCGCAACUCGCUGGGAGAGCUGAUUGCGUUGUUGGUUCUGUGUGCCCCACAUUUGCUUCCGCGUGGGGCGGAAAUCAACGCACUCCGGACGAAGUCUCCCACGCUGGCAUUGGAGCUGUUGGAUGUGGUGCGUGCGGGGGCGCAGGGGUCCUGCGCGGACCCGCUCUUGCGUGCGGCCUGGCCGCUGCUACAGUUUUUGGCGAACGAUCGAGGGGACUCUCCAGAGGACUCGCUUCGGCGUGUGUCGUUGGCGGCCGCGUUGAAGUGCCGCUUCCUCCUCCCCGCCUCCCCCAUUGACCCCAUGCACAAGUGGCUGGUGAAAAAGGAGGUGGCACAGGCGGAGCUGGGGCGUCUCGCGGGCGUGGAAAAGGCGUUUAAGUGGUCUGAAGAAGUCUCCCUGCGCAGUGGCAGUCAACAGCGGCGCCUGGUGCACGACCUCCUGGCGGCGGAGGAGGCGCUGCUUCUGAAGGCCGCCGGGAAGAGCGUUGCUCGACCCGACCCGUCAGGCGCAAAGUUUGCUCACCUUGUGGGCGCGCUGCACCAGCUGUGCGACACCGCCUUAUCAGACGAGCGUCUUGCCGUGGUGUUGUACGAGAAGCAGCAAGAGGCCUACGCCGCGCGACUGACGUGGAGCGAGUUGCUUUAUCAGCAGUUUACGGAGAUGCUAGACAACUACGGCGGCUACGAAGAUGUCACACUUGUCAUGGCGGAACCCGCCCUCGUGUCAGCGUUGGCGGCGCACCUUAGCUGUCAGUUGCAGCCGUCUUCAGGUGCCAGCAACGCGCUCCUCAGCAUGUCCGAGGCGGCACGCAUGAUGCAUUUCCCGCAGCUCGCCGUGUCGUCCGUGACCCUUCCGUCCUCAGCGACGCACGCACUGGAGCACCGUCUGGCGUAUCUUGACUCCUGCCUGACGCUGGUGCAAGGCAUCCCGGCACGGAUCCUUAAGCGGGAGUUUGUGGAGCACCUGUUCGACGCCUACCGCGAGUUCUACCGCACGGUGGAGGAGCUGGAGGCGAAGGAGCGGCGUGCCGAGGAGAUGGCCGUGCUCUACGCGGAGAAGGCCAUCACCAUUGAGGGAGACGACGAGAAACACCUGCGUGCCUUGAAGAAGCUUUUCCCGAACUACGAGGAGGACUUUAUCCGCAUGCGUGACGCGGUGGAGGACCGCAACGAAGCCGAGGCGGAGGCUGCGGGUGCCCUGCCGCCGUCGGCGUCGUCUUUUUCGGCGGAGCGUGCGGGACGGCACGCGCGUCUCAUGUUGUCCGGCCCGCAAGGGGCGCGUCACGUGCGCCACCUCCUUGAGACCCACCAUCAGUUCUUUGAAAGACUGCUGGCGUUGCAGGACGACUCCGUUUUUGAUGGAGAGAAGGCGCUGCGUGCGUUUGCGCUACGGUUUGACCUUCUUUCGCGCGAGUUGCACCGCUUCGGGUUCAACGGCAUGUCUGAGACCGGCAUGAUGUUGCCCGCGGCGGAGGAGCAGCUGCUGCUUGGGGGCUUCGCGGCACGCGCGGUGCUGCUCACGCGUGAGCUGCUCCCGACGGAGGUGUCGCUGGAGGAAAAGCGUGCCAGUGGGUUUAACAUCUUUACCGAUCCGGCCCCGUCGGAGAUUCGGGCCUUCAGCGCCUCCCUGCGGGCUCUCAUGCAGGCGGUGGAGAAGCUGCAAGCAACGUACCCUGACACCCCCUCGCUGCACCGCUGCUCUCGCAUAGCGCACGGAAUUGCCGCCCUGCCCGCACUCAACACACCCCUCAUGAAGGUCAUGACAGGCUGCGAGGUUCUUUUGCGGGAAUGCUAUGAGUGGGAGCGCAACGCAUCGCGCGACACCUCGAUUCUACCGCACAUGACGAAGUUGUCUUCGUUUGUCCUGCGCUGGAGGCGACUUGAGCUUCACUGCUGGUCACAAGUCUUUACGGCGAAGCGGGAGGAGUGGGAGCUGAAGGCCGGCAUGCAGUGGUUCACUCUAUGUGACCUCGUUCACGGCGGUGACACCGCGACGACCGAGGCCUUGUCCGAGCGUUGUCUGCUGCUCUUCCGCCACUGCAUGGACUUUAUGUGGGGGGCGCACUACGGCGAUUUUCACGUGCGGCUUCGUCUGCUGCGGGGCUUCGCCCUGCACCUCGUGGCAUCCUCCUCCUCCUCCUCGUCACUCUCCGCAUCGGCGUCACCGCUCGCCAACGUUGCGAUGCAUUUGGUGGAUUUCUUCUCCCAGUUUUUGCCGCUGGUGGCGGAACAGCUGCGGGCUGCCUUGUUGCCGCUUGAGGAGGACAUGGAGGCGUUCACGCGCAUCAUGCGCUGGGAGGACGCCACCUACUACGCCGUGCGGGCCACAGCGGAGAAGUCGCACCUCAAAAUGGGACGUGCCUUGGCGGAGCUGGACGAGAUCCUGCGCACACCCGUGCUUGGCGUCAUAGCAGGCGAGGAGCAGCGCUGCGAGGAGGAUGCGGCCAUGGGGUUUGUGCUGCCCUCGCUUCAGAUGAAGGGGAAGGCAAAGCCCAAGGCGCGUCGCGCCAGCAGCGGUGGCGACAACGCGGCCAUGAGCAUCCAUCUGAGGACGGGUCACAAGCGAACUCGUUCCGGCAAGCAAAUCCAUAUAGAGGCUUCUGAGUGGGAGCUGGACGACGCAGUCGUGGCGCACACCUGUGUGGCGCAGGGGGUGCAAUUUCUUACUGACUCCGCCGAGGAAAUUAUUGCGCGUGUGAAGGCCUUGCAGGCGCAAGGGGUGCCGCAGAAUCAAAAGUUGCGGGCACUGAAAAUACUUUUUCAGACUCUGGAGGAAAGCGGUGUGCCUCACACGCAUGAGGAGCAGGUUUCCCCAUGGGAGGAGCUGUUUGCCUCCACAAAUGCGCUAUUGACGUGUCGCAGCGUCUAUGGUCAUCUUGCCGUUGGCCAGCGGGUUGAGGCGGCCGCCGCGGAGCACUACCGCUUUGCCCGCUGGAUGCAGCGUAUGCGGGAGGCGGAGCGGCACCCACACAAGGACCUUAGCGGGGCCCAGGUAAAGCGCGGCACAGGCACCGUGGAGUCCUUAUUUUCGCUUGCGGUGGAGGAAACGGAGUUGAUUGGCACUCUCUAUGAGGUGCUCCAGCAAGUCACCCUUCUGAGGGAUGGCGUGGCAACCUGCGACGAGGUCGCCGUGACUGGCGGAGGUGAGUUGCUGCACGCGUCGCUUGAAGUCUGCGUCCAACUGCAGUGCUUCCUGCACAACACCCGAUGGCUGAUGCAGGAGCGAGUCUUUGAGCUGCAGCCUGCGUCUAGCACCAUUGAGGAGCUAUCCCACGGGACCGAUGAGCUUUGGAAGCUCUGCCUCGCGUCAGAAGCUCAGCGGCGCACCGAUGUCCCUGUACCAGACGCCAUUUUGGAGCAGCAUGCCACAUUGCACACGCAACUGAGUGGUGUUUGCGCCAGGCUGUGCAAGACUGGGAUUGGCUGCGUCGAUGCCUCGGCUUCUGCGUUAUGUGCUGCACUCAGUUUGGCAUCAUCGGCGCGUGCAGGUGAAAUGGAGGCCGCCGCUGUUACUACGAAGCGGGCUCGCACAGAGAACGUUUCCUCGUGGCACGAGAAGGUUGAACGGCUCCUGGAAGAGCUAGAGACGGCGUAUAAGGAGGUCGUCGUUGACAGUUCACUCCCCAGUCCCGUGGACGGCGGUGAGGGCGGCGCCCAUGAUGACAACGUGGGGGCGGCUGCGGUGUACCAUAACUACGCCGCCGCACUGAGGGACCUGAAGUGUCAUUCGCAGCGCAUCACUUUGUCAGUCCACACGUUGCUGCAUGACUCGGUGAAGCAGCGGCGCGUUUCCGCAGAGCUUCGGCAGCAACUGCUGGCACGCCUCGACGCCUGCCUUGAGCGUGUUAAGGCGCUUUUGCAAGGGGCGGCGGUUGCGUUGCGGGCGCAGUCGCACUUGGGCCUUGUUCUCUCCCGGCUCUUCUGCAUUUUGCUGAAGAAAGGCUUCUGCAAGCCGGAGGGCCAGGACGAGGAGGACGACGACGAUGGCGAGGGCGGCGACGGGGAGCAGAGGGACGGCACGGGCAUGGACGACGGCCACGGCGAGAAGGACGUGACGGACCAGAUCGACAACGAGGACCAGCUGAUGAGCAUGAAGGACCGGGAGGAACGGGAGGAGGAGCAGGGGAGGGACGGCGAGAGGAGCGACGAGGACAAGGCCGCAGACGUGGAGACUGAUUUCAAGGGAGAGAAGGAGCAGCGGGAGGCCGCUGAGGAAGACGCGGACGCCGACGACGAGGACGACGCCUCCGAGAAGGAGAUGGGCAGCGUCGACGGCGAGGAGGCGCAGGAGCGCAAACGCAUGAAGAAGGACAGGCACGACGCCGACGACAUGAGCAGCGACGACGGCGGCGCCGCCGAGGACGUGCCGGAGGACGCGCUCGGCAACGAGGCGGCCGGCGACGAGGAUGACGCAGACGGGAACAACGAAGAGACGGGCAACUUUGAGAACCGCGAGGAGGCGCUGCGGGAGGCGGAGCGGGAGCUCAACGAGGGCGAGCACGAGCUGGCGGCGGACGCGGACGGCAUCGCCGACGCCGACGCCGACACCGACGGCCGCAGCAGCGACGACGGCGGCGACGAUGAGCGGAGCCCCAGCGGCAGCGAGCCGAGGGACGCGUCGCGAGACCCGCAAGGCGCGGAGGAGGACGAGGACGAAGCCGCAGCGAACGGGCAGAAGCACGACGGCGACGGCGACGGCGACGGCGGCGAGGAGGACAGUGAGUGGGAGGAGGACGAGGACGAAGCCGCCUCCUGCGCCAGCGAGGGCGACGGGGCGGACGAGAACGUGUUCCACGGCGGGCGGCAGGACGAGCACACCGGCGAGGAGGCGACGGAGCGGAAGGACGACGGGGAGCGGCGCGAGAAGCAGCGGCCCCAAGACGCCGCGGGCGCCGAGCAGGAGCAGCAGCCGGAGGAUGAUCAGCAGCCCGACGACGCCGGACGAAACUGGAGGCGGCAGGAGAGGAACGAUCCCUCGCGGCAGCGGGACAACACGGAGCGCAGCGCCUCGUCGCGCAAUCCGUAUCGCGCCAUUAAGGACGCGUUGCAGCGUCACGAGCAGCAGGCGCAGCAGCUGAACCUUGACCGCAACGUCAACGUGAAGAAGCAGAGGCGGUCAGAGCAGCAGCCGCAGCGGCAGCAGCAUGAGGAGGAGCGAGGGGCCAAUGACGAUGAGGCGAUCGACGAGUUUGAGUUUGACGAGGAGGGCGAGCGGGAAGGCGUGGCAGCCACCGAUGAGGCGCCGGCGCCCGCCACAGACGCUGAGCGUGACCUGCCGGAAAUGCAGGAGGCGGAGUCCGACGGGGCAGACAGCGCGUGUGAGGCGCCAGAGGACACGUCGCGGCGCCGUCGCAAACCGGCCUUUGAGACAACGCUCAACGAGGAGAGCGACGGGGAGGAGGAGGAGGAGGCUGCGGAGGAGGAUGCCGACAAGAGGCGGGGCCGGCGGCGCGUUAAGGUCACGGCGAAAACGUCCACGGAGGAGGAUGCUGAAAGGGACGAGGAGCAGGAGGCGGGGGAGGAUGACGGGUUGGACCAGCAGCAAGACACACUCGCUAUGGGGGAAAAGAUGAGUCGCGGCCGCAAGCUCUGGCAGGAGCAAGUGGCGGCCGUUCAGGGGUUGUCGCACCACCUCUGCGAACAGCUGCGUCUCAUUCUCGCCCCCACGUUGGCGGACAAGCUGCAGGGCGACUACAAGACGGGUAAGCGUCUAAACAUGAAGCGAAUUAUUCCCUAUAUUGCUUCACAGUUUAAGAAGGAUCGCAUCUGGCUGCGGAGGACGAAGCCAAACAAGCGUAAUUAUCAGAUUCUGGUCGCACUUGACGAUUCCUUUAGUAUGCAUUGCAACAAUGCCGGUGUGAUGUCGUGCCGUGCGGUGGCUCUCCUGGCUGAGGCGCUGCGGCAGCUUGAGGUGGGCGAGUUGGGUAUCGCCUGCUUCGGCAAAGAGACCCGCAUUGUGCACGAGUUACAAGAACCCUUCACAGGUGAAAGCGGCCCACGCGCCUUCAGUGAGAUCACCUUUGCCCAAAAAUCAACUAGUCUGAAGCUGCUGCUGGAGACUUCAUUGGACUACCUUGACUCCGCGCGGGAGCGCACCCACGGACAGAUGCGCUCCACCUCACAGCAGCUGCAGCAGAUGAUGUUUAUCAUCAGCGACGGACAAAUCACGGAGGAUCGUCAGGAGCUGCGCAGGCUGCUUCUGCGGGCGGAGGAGAAUCGUCAAAUUGUCGUUUUUGUGCUACUCGACGUCAAGGCGGCCGCGUCUCCCACUGCGGCAACUGCCGUCAGCGGUGGCGGGGCUCCUGCAGGGGCGGGGAGUGCGGCGCAGCCGGGGCCCGAACUCUCAUCGCCCGCUCCGCUUGCCGUGAAGGACCUCGCCCGUCUCACCCCGGCAGAGCGCCUGCGGCGUCUGAAGGCGGAGAGAGAGGCGCGCCUGCGUCGUGUGCAGUCGAACUCCGUCCUGGACAUGCAGCUGGUGGAGUUUGCCGGCGGUAAGGUGGUGCGCCGCGCGUACAUGGAGGAGUUCCCAUUUCCCUACUACCUCAUCGUGCGGGAGCUGGAGACGCUGCCUGGGGCCAUUGCGGACGCCAUGCGCCAGUGGUUUGAGCUGCUUAACGUGCAGCAUUAA